GUUCAAUUAAUUUCUGUUUAAUUCAAUUCUAUAUAAACAUAUAUAUACAUAAAAGUGCCCAAAAUGGUUCCUAUCACAAAACUAAAAAGGUCCGCUCCCGAGGUGGUCGUCUUUGACGCGUCGUCCUUGACCAAAUCAACAGCCAAAACAGCCAGCAAGGCACAGUACAAGAGCUUCAUGUCGGCCAAAAUAACCAAAAUCAACGCUAAGCCGCCCAAGAUCAGCAAGGAAGCGCAGAAGGAGGAGCAAGAGUCGCGCCAGAACGACCGUGAACUGAACGAUCUUCUCGAAGGAAAGCUGAUGAUCGAGAAGCUUCAUGAAUCACAGCUCACCGGAAAGGACCGUCACAACCACAAUACCCAGAAGCUUAUGAAGCUUGGAAUGAAGAUCAAAACCAAGAGCAACCUUCCAGCAGAUCAGUUUUUCAACGCCCAGCGGAAUCGCGAGAAGCGGGCAGCAGAUUCCAUAAAGGAUGCCAAGGACAGGGGCGUGUUGAAUGCCACGGUCAAGCGCGAGUUGGAGGUCAAGUAUUUGGGCAAAGCCCAAGAGACCGAGCAGAGAAAGCCCAAGCUCAAGAUGGGUGAUCGUGGAUUGAGAAUCGGAGAAGGGAAGUUUAAGGACGGCGUGCUUCACAUAUCUAAAAGCCAUAUUGACCGCGUUAACGGGUCGGGAAAGACCCCCGGCAGAGUGGGAAAGUCGAAGGGCGGCAAGGGCAAGAGCAAAGGAAAGAACAAUUCUGGCGGUAACAAACAUGGCAGAAAGCGCCGCUAAACAUUGCAUGGACGCGCGCACUCAUUCACUCGCGCUUAUAAAAUGUAUGCACAAUAUAAUUACCCCCUGGCUUGUAUUUUGUUUGUAACCCUAUGUAAAGUUUUCUAUUUUAAAGGCUUUGCGACCGAAUGGUUGCUCCUUUAUGGAAUAUUUUUUUCGGUUGAAAGAAAAAAAUAGUUGCAGUCAACAAACAAUUUUUGUUUGCUCUUUGAAGGUUUUAGUCUAAAGAAACUUGUGCACCAUUGUGUUGAACACAUGUUGGAGGGAGUAACAAAGGCUAAAACUAGAAAUAAGGUAUGUGGUGUUACAUUCGCUUUUCUUCAUCUUUAUUCUCAC